UAGCUACUUUCAUUCUCAAUGCCAUAAAAAUUUAUAUUUUGAAAAAGAAAAAUGGAACGAAAAUAUUUUUCUUUCUGAGUAAAUAAUAAUUAGUAAUUGAGAACAAAACAAGUAAACCAAAGGAAAAUUUGAAAAAUAUGUCCGAGCAAGAGGUGAAAGAAGAGGAGGAGGAGGAGGAGGAAGAAGAAACCGAAAAUAUAAAAAAAAUUGAGCCAUCCUUUGGAGAAGAUAUCAUUGACUUGAACCACUCCUUCGGCUACGACUGUAAACGUUUUUUCAAUUUGGUGCUACUUGGUGAGCGUACAUUGGUGUUUGCGUCUGGCGAUUAUUUGCAUUACUUUGAUAUACCCACACGUAAGGUGACAUUUAGGAAGACCGUCUUUGGUGGCGGUAUUGGGUUCAUAACGCGCAACGAGCAUCCCGACUUUAUACAUCUACUCACAGUCGCCGAGAAUGGCGUGAAGCCCACCAUAUUCAUAUAUGAAUAUCCUUCACAUGGUGUACGCAUUAAGCUUGAGAAUGCCGCCAAAGCUUGCUUCACUUGCGGUUCGUACAACAGCACAGGCGAGUUAUUCGCCUCACAGGCCGGCUUUCCCGAUUUUAUGCUCACAAUUUGGCGUUGGCAGACUGGUGACGUGCUGCUGCGCUCCAAGUCCUUUCAAAAUAAUAUACUUCACGUACAUUUCUCGCACUUCAAUCCCAUACUUUUGGCUUCCUGUGGACUGAGUCAUAUUAAAUUCUGGAAAAUGGCCAAUACCUUUACAGGUUUGAAGUUGAAGGGUGACCUGGGUCGCUUUGGUAAAACGGACUUUAGCGACAUUUAUGCAAUUUACAUGCUGCCCGAUGAGAAUGUCAUUUCCGGCUGUGAAUGGGGUAAUAUGCUGCUGUGGGAGGCUGGCCUAAUAAAGUUCGAGAUUACACGCAAGGGUCGCAAGCCAUGUCAUACCAAACCGAUUACGCGCAUCACCAUGGAUGAAGGUGAGGUGAUGACGGUCGGCAUGGAUGGUUUUGUGCGUAUUUGGUAUUGGGAAACAGUCGAUUUGGCGGAUCCGCCGGAUGAGGAUCGCUUUGUGGAGAUCGAGCCGAUUUAUGAAUUCAAAGUUGGUGACUGCGAAAUUCGUGGGCUGCAGAAGAUCAAGCCUUUCGAUAGAAGUGAUUUUAGCUAUUAUGCGCAGGACGGCAGCGGUGGCAUUUGGUUUUGUGACCUCAACACCUACGAUGUGCCGAAAACACCGGAAAAACUCUAUUCCUGCCACGGCGGUAAAGUAAUCGCCGCACAAACAAGCCCAGUCUCAACACAUUUAAUGACACUGGGUGAAGAUGGGAAAAUAUUUCUCUUCGAUUAUUCGACAAACACCUUAGUGUUGGAAAAGAAAUUCAUUUCCCGUGGCAGUGAUUUUCUUUGGCUCUCUACGAAGAUCUCGAGCACUGGUUUGGAUAUAGUUGCGGGUUUUGAAGAUGGCAUACUACGGCAAUUGGUGUUGGAAGUGCGUAGUGGUAGAAACAUGAAUUUGCAUUUAGUGCGUGCCAUAAAGGCGCAUGUGGGUCCGAUUACAAAGUUAACCGUCAACCCCAGACAAACUUGCCUGGUGGUGUCCUCCGCGGAUAAAUCGAUAUUUGUGUAUAAUAUUAAGGAUAAAGACAAUAAUAUGGUGCAUAUUAAGCCGAUGGGCUUCGUGACGCUGGGCGCGGUUGUGAAUUGCUUCAAUUGGAGAAACGAUGAGUUUUCAACGAUUUUGAUGGGUUGCAAAACCGGUGAAGUUUACGAGUAUGCCAUACCAAACCGCGUCUCAGACGAACAAACUUUCCUCUCCUACAACAUAACCGAUGCGCAUAAGUUGAAGUCUACACGUUUUGUAUCGGUUAAGAGUCGCAUAAGACGUGAUCAAAGGCGCGAAAAGAUCAAGAGACGCAAAGAGAAGAAGCGACAGCGCAAGCUGGCAGAAGUCGAGAAACUGAAGGCCGCCAAUCCGGGUUUGCAAAUUGACCUCGAGACUGCGCUGGCCGACUCAGAGGAGGAAGAAGAAGAGGAACCUUUACACAUACCCGCUGUACCCAAUCCGGUAAUUUGGCUACGUUAUACAAGUGAUGGCACCAUUUGGUCUUCGAUAGGUGGCUUUGAUGCUGGUUACAUUUACGAGCUACUCUUCGGUUAUGAUGAACCUUAUAAGUGUACCAUGAUUGCGGAUGGUGAUGAUUGUGAGAUACACUCGUACUUGACAAUCGAGGACUAUCUGAUUUUCGGUUUGGUCAAUGGCAAGCUACGCAUAAAUCGCAUCAACCCAAAUGAUUUCACCGAUUUGCGCGACUAUCGCGUCUUCCCCAUGCACGAUUCCUACAAUGGGAUUAUUAAACGCAUUCUGCCAAGCUAUGAUGGAAAUUAUAUAUUUAGUAUUGGACACGAUGGAAAUAUUUUCAGUUACAACUGGCGUGGACCGAAAGUGGUACAAGGUGGUCCAUUAGAAAUGGUGGUUUAUGCAAAUUUGAAAGAUCUCCAUGCCGAAGACAUAGACGAUCCGGCGCAUCCUUCAUUGGAACAAGAGAAAAUCUAUGCAGAGAUAAAACGAAAGGAGGAGGCUGCCGCGGCACACGAUCGGAAAGUUUUAGCACAAAUCGGUGAAUUGCAAGUGAAAUACAAUGACAUCAAAAGCGAUAUGAUGACUUUGGAUGAAGAACUGAUGUUGCCACAUCGUAGUCUGCUACUCGAUGAGCGUAUAACCAAACAGAUUAAGGACGAACUGCAAGCUGAGUUGGAUGAUGUACGUGAGGAUUUGGCGUACGAUCUAGAGGUGGCCGAUGUUGGUAAAACUAAAUUGUACAAUCAUUUCCUUAAGAAUCUAGAGCAUGUGCCGAUCACUGUGAGUGGCGUAAAUAAGGACAUUAAGGUGAGCUCCUUCCGUGUGGAAAAACUUGGUGAGGAAUUUCAAAAAAUCAAAAUGGAGAUCGAGGAACGUUUGAGCAUGGAGGCCGCGAAACGUCGGUCCAUUGAACCGAUUGUCGCCGAGGAGAAGAUACCCAGUAUGCCCGAACCCGGUGAAGAGAGUUUCUUCUUCGGUCGAAAUCCCAAUGCAAUAAUUCCGCGUUUCAGUAAGAAAAUGUUACGUCUGCUAAGACGCUACCGUUCGCGUCAACUAUACGAAAUCGAUCGUAUAUACAAUUGGGAGCGUAUGGAACUUUGCAAACCCGAUCCGAAUAAGAAUCAUCCCGACGACGAGCGCCGCAUCGCCGACGCUGAGAAGAAUCUUGGUGAUUAUAAGUUGAAAAUUGGUUUUGACUAUGAGCCACGCGCUACCGAAACAGUAACGUAUAAAUAUAUCGAAGUGGUCAAUGCAAGGCAGUCACAUUUCAUAACCUUGGAUCGUUUCAAUAAGGAACUCUUUCAAUUGCGUAAACGCAAAUGGUAUCUGUAUGAGUAUAUAGAGGAGGCACGUAAACGUUUGAAGCGUUUGCAUGAAUACUUACCCUUCGCCAAUCGCGAGUAUUUAGUGCCGAUAAGAGAAAUUGAUUUUGCGGAGGAGUAUCCCGAACGUAACCUCCAGGAACACUGCAAACCCGGUUGUGGCAUAGAGAUAGCUGAUAUCUUGUAUUUGGAGAAAAAGGUUGAGGAGCUCUUACCGCAACCGCCGCCACCUGCCUUCGAAGAAAAGCUUUCGGUACGCGAUAGAACUGAACAAUCUUUGUACAAAUCUUUGCAUGCCUUUGAAGUUGAAGACUUGCCGGAUAUAAAGGAGAUACUCCAAGAAAUCGACAGUUAUCCGGGUUUUACAGAAUCGGAAUUCUUUGAGCGUAACGAAGAUGGCUUUGCGCCCUGGUUGUCUGUGGCACGUUAUCAGUGGCUCAUCGAUUUGAUUGAUGAACAAAAUGGUUUGGUCUUGAAGGUAAAGAAUCGUGUUAAGGAUUUCGAUCGCGAUCUAGAGGAAAUGAUUGCGAUCCGCUGCAAAGCCAUGUACGAAGCUGAGUACAUGCACUGUUUUAUGAUCACAUUGAAUCAGGAAUUGAAUAUCUUACGUGACAGCGAGGAGAUCGAAAAUCAAUUGCUAUUUAACGCCGACGAGGCGAUGAAGACACGCAACGAAAUGCAAGCUGUGAUUAAUACGAAAAAUAGACAAAUUGAAGAUUACAAAAAGAAUGUGGAUAAGUUGAAUGAGCAGAUAUUGUCCGUGCAGCAGAAAUUCAUGUCUACCUGCAAGGGUCAUAAAUUCUUUGACUUUUUGCGUCGCAUAUUUAAGAAGAGAUGGCGUCCGCCAAAGCCGCCGAAGGCUGACGAUGAAUCAUCGGAGUCUUCAUCGAGUGAUGAAUCGUCUACUGAAGAUGAGGAUGCGGAUGCUAAAAGUAUAGAUUCGACAGACAUGACAACCAUACGGCUAGAUGAAAGUCACUGUCCCACAGGGCUGGAGCGGAGUACGUACGAUUUGGCUUUUCAGUUGCGCGCUGAGCGACACGCGCUCGAAAAAGUACUGAUGGAGGUACAAAAAGGUAUUGAGCAACGUCGAGCGGAUGUAGCUGAACUCUCCAAGACAAUGAAGUUCCACGAAGAGGUGUAUGCACGAGAAAAGGAAACUUUGCUGGUAUUUCGGCGUAAGCGUCAGCAGGAAUUAAACAAAAUUAACAUUUCCGUUAUACUGUCAAUGGAUCAGUUGCAACACUUUAAACCCGGUGACACCUAUUUGGACUUAAGUCGUGCCAUACUUUUCGAUGCCAAUCACUUGGUGGCGCUCAAAGAUCGUGUCUCGCAAUUGAAUGAAGAAACGCAGGAGACUCGGCGCAUGCAUCGUAUCAAUGUGGUGCAUUUGCGUCGCAUGAAUACGGAUAUAAACUUUAUGCGCGGUGAGAUUACCCGACUGGAGAGUGCCAUCAAACAGGAGAUGAUUAAGAAAUUCGGUACGGUGAUCAAUUUGGACGAAUUGGAGGAGGAGGUAUUGCGUCGCUAUGUAUUUGAUUUAGAAACCUCGGCCGAAGAGGAAUUUCGACUGAUCGAAAAAGAGAUUGCAAAGAAAAAGCUCGAACUAGCAAAUUUAGAGGAGGAACUGAUACGUGAGACGAAGAUGCACUCUGAGAAAUUAAAUAUAUUAACAGUUUUGCAUGAAGAGAGAAACGUUUUAUAUUCGAUUUUGAAAGCUCAGGAGAAAAACUUUGAGCGCUGGAUGCAACCCCAUAAAAUCAAUCUGGAUCGUGACGUGGAGAAACUUACGCAGAUACAUAAAGAGCAAAAGGAAACAAUUGAGUGUCUGGAGCGUGAAAUCUGCACGCUACGUCUGAAAUCCAAGCCACUCCAACUCUUCCACGAAGUCGUUAAAGGUGACAUAAUCAAGAAGACCGAUGAACAAGAUGACGGCGUUACAUGUUCGAAAACCUUGGCGCCGGAAGCCUACUUGCAACGCAUGGAACCCGAUCAAUUCACUAUGGAUCGCAUACGAAAAGUUGUACAAAAGUAUUUCGCGCAAUGGUUCAACCGUUACGCCACCUCAGAUAACAUAAGGAAUAAUGCGAAAAAAGUGACACGUUACCUCGCACAGGCGGCACACACAUUCGAGGGCAAAAUGACCGAACGCAUAUUGGAUUGCAUCACACAAUCAUUGGAGUCGAUGAUGCCGAAAAAAUACCUGAUGCAUAUGUCGAAGGAGAACUUAGAGAAAAUGUUUCGAGAUGUGCUUAGCGCCUACGACUACCAGUCGUCCGAAGUGAAUACCGAUGAAUUGAUAAGCAGUAUUUAUCACAAUGUGCUCUCUACGUUGGGACAAACCAAAUCGGUGUUGAAUAAGACACAAUUCAUUAUGUUGCGUCUAUUCGAGCAACUGAUUGAACUCUUGCCGUUGGAUGAAUUCCAAAGUGAGAAGACGACGCGCUUGCUUAUGCAAUUAUUGGCUGAUGAUUCGCAAAUCGAUCCGAGGUGCAUAAAUGUCGAUGAUAUUGUGGAUAAGACGGUGAAGUAUGCGCGUGAAAAUCUGCUCGACAGCAUAACUGCCAUGCCCAUCAGACGUUUAGCUGAUAAUCUCGACAGGGAGUUGAGUACUCAUAAGGCGGGCGCUGUAACCAAAUGCACAUUCGAAACGGUGAGGAAGAUCCCGAGCGCACAGAAUAAAAACAAAUUUUAAUUGAUUUUUUUUUUGUGAUGCGAAUUAGAUUUUAUUUAUCGUUUCA